UGCAGAAGCUAAGAACGCUGAACCUGUCGCACUGUGAAAAACUAAAGUGCUUACCAGAUUCUAUUGUUGAUUGCCAAAUGAUUUCAAGCAUUGAUCUUUGUAAUUGCAAGCAGCUUACGGUACUGCCAAGCUCUAUUGGCAGAAACAAAGUGCUAAGAGUUUUGAGACUAGGCAACACCAAAAUGGAGAGGUUACCAUCAAGUAUCACAUCAUUGAGAAAUUUGGAGUGUUUGGACCUUCACGAGUGUCGGGAGCUGGUAGAGUUGCCUAAAGACAUUGGCAACUUGGAGAAGCUUCAUGUUUUGAACCUCACAAAAUGUGAAAAAUUGGGAGGCGUGCCGGUUGGAAUCGGACAGCUUAGUUGGCUACAGAAAUUGGGUUUGUUUGCUUUGGGGGAGGGUGAAAAGUUCGCAGGAAUCUCAGAACUUGCAAAUUUACCUAGGAUUGGUGGGGAACUAAGUAUCAGAGGUAUUUAUCAUGGGCUGGACCCAGAGGAUGCAUAUGCGGCAUGCUUAAAACAAAUGACAAAUUUACAGGGAUUGGACCUAUGGUGGAGAAUGAAGGACGAGGGUGAGGUGAACACUGAAAUGGAGCAGGCUGUCCUUGAUGGUUUGGAACCACCACCAGGGAUUAAAAAGCUAAUGAUCAGUGGGUAUUCAGGUAGGCAAUACGCAUCGUGGAUGCAAAAUCGAGUUGAUGGCGGAGUAAAUGGGCUUCCUUUCUUCCCAUUUUUGAGGGUGAUGACGCUAUUUAAGUUGCCGAACUUGAAGCAUCUACAUGGGCUUGCGGAGCUGCCUUGUUUGGAGGAGCUUGUGCUGCGAGCAAUGCCUUGUCUUGAGACCAUAAGCGGAGGCCCAUUUCCUUUGCUGGUGAAGUUACUGAUGUGUGAACUGCCUAGGUUGGAAGAGGUGUGGAUGGUAGCAGAGAGGAUCAUGCCUGAUGAAAAAGAGGGAGGAGGCUGCAGCAAUAGCACACCUCAUGUGGGACAGCUCCGAGUUGGUAGUUGCUUAUCAAAUUUGGAUAUAGUUAAAUGUCCUAGGUUGAAGGUGAAGCCAUACCUGCCUUCGUCCCUGCACAAGUUGCUGUUGGCCGGCCGCACCGAGCAGCUGCUGCAGUCCUCCAAUUUUAGCCAGCUGAAGAAGCUUGUGGUAUGGGGGAACGGAGGAUUAGGAUCUGGGCGUGGGUGGGAGCUUCUGCAACCAAUGACGGCACUCGAGUUAUUGGAGAUUCAGCAUUCCAGUGAUCUAAUUGAGCUGCCAGAGAGUUUGGGGAACCUCAAGUCCCUCCGGUCUCUGCAGGUGUUUGCAUGCUCUGCUAUUCGCAUGCUGCCCAUGUCGCUAGGGGACCUUCAGUCUCUGCAAGAUUUGACCAUUACGAUCUGCCAUUGCUUCGUCAGCUUUCCACAAUCAAUAGGGCGUCUCACAUCCCUUCAGGUGCUCAAGAUACUAUUGUGUGAUGCACUUCAGCAAUUACCCAAAUGCCUGGGAGACCUUCGCUCUCUACGCAAACUCUACCUUUCUGGGCUGCCGCGGCUGACUUGCAUUCCCCAAUUCAUUUGCCACCUCACCUCCCUUAAAGAGCUCAAGAUCGGGCGCUGUCCAGGCAUCAAAUCCUUGCCAGAAGGGUUAAAAGGGCUCACUACUCUGCAGGAACUGGACAUUCGUGGCUGCCCUGAUCUCGCAAGGCACUGCGAGAGGGGGAAGGGUGAGGGCUGGCACCUCAUCUCCCACAUCCCUCGUCUGCGGAUUGGGACAGGAGAAGCUUGACGCCACAUCAUCAUUUUAUUAAGAAUAUUGGAGCUAUGUUCUUUAUUUGACUUCCUUAUGCCUGGCUUUCUCGGAUGGAAAAAAAACAGUUUCAAGCUACGUAUGGAAACCCAUUGCUAGCAGCUAGAGAUUCAAAAAGUUCACCAAAGGGUGCCGAAGCUGGUAUUCUUGCAAUGGUGGUGCUCAUAAGCAGGCCAUGAACAGAGCACACCGUUUGGGUCAAAGGAAAGUGGCGAACGUUCACUGUCUCAUCAUGUGUGGCGCCCUUGAGGAGAAGGUGAUGAGUCUUCAGAGGUUCGAGGUAUCAGUUGCCAAUGCUGUCAUCAAUGCUGAGGACUCCAGCUUGAAGACCAUGAACACUGACCAGUGCGUGAUCUGUUCGCAUCCACCCCGAGAAAAGCGUCAGUGCUUCCACGAGAUUCGAGUGAUGAUCCGAGUAAAGAUUUAAAGAGGAAAUCUGGUGGCCAAGGCUUCAAGUCCAUUCUCAGUGGGCUGGGCGAGCUUUAGGAUCAUUCGCAGUAUGCGGAGGAUCCAUGGCGAAGAUGAAUGGCUGAAGAUCACCGGCUCAUGUACAGAGUACAGUGUAGAUAAAUUGGAACGUUUGAUCCAGGCGGUUUGCAGAUUUUGUCGCCAACUCAGGAAAUUCUUUAUGUUGUUUGAUACUGAAGGAAAAGAGAAGAUCACAAUAUCAAACAUGACACGGCUAGCAUGCUGGUGGUUGAGUUUACGAUCUCAACUUUUGUUAGAAGGUUCAGGGCUGGGAGGGUGUAAAGUUUUGACGAGUCGUAUACACUCACUGCUUACAUAAUUGAAGACUGAAUCACCUUUGUUA